AUGCUCCACCUUAGACCUGCAAGUUCUGCAGAAUACGCGAACUGCUGCAUGCUGUCCUGGAGUAAUAAAACCCAGAUCGAUGUUAAGUUGCAGCAGUCAGGGUCCGAGUACGCGAGAGGUCUGGAAAUUAAUGGAGGCCAUAGAAAUCCUCACCUUACUAGAUCCAAAGUGACGAAUGACUUCGGUAGCUGGAAAUCACCGUCACGUUUGUACCAGAGUCUCAUCAGUGGUGUAUCCUGA